AUGUUUGAAAAAGGCUUGACAGCAACAACGGCGACAAGUGCAAUAUUUCCUUCAUCCAAAUCAAUGGCUUCCGCAGAAAAAUUAGCCCCACAAACGCCUUAUCAUUCUCAUAUAAUAAAUUAUAGGGACUAUGGAAGUAGUUUCAUAUUGCCAGUACUUAAAUCAGUGAACUAUGAUAAUACAACUGUUCCUACAAUAUUCCCAGAUGUGCCGGUCAAUGUUCGAGUUCAGCUAAAUAUAAUUCAUCUUUCGGGUUUCGACUCGCAACAAAUGGAUUAUACCGUUGAUGCGGAAAUGGAAAUGCGUUGGUUCGAUAUUCGCUUAGCGAAUAAUUAUUCAAGAUGGAUUAGGAUUUGGGAAAAAUCGAUUUUGGAGCAAAUUUGGAAGCCCGAUCCAUAUUUUGUCAAUUCAAAGCACUCUUACUUUCAUGAAGUGUCUUUCCCUAAUUUCAGAAUGUAUAUUAGUCCCGAAGGAUUAAUUAUUUACACAUUGAGAAUAACAUUACAACCGACUUGUCAAAUGAUUUUCUGUCGCUUUCCACAUGAUCGACAAGAAUGUGAUUUACUAAUUAGCUCCAUUUCAUUUCCACAAACAAGUAUUCGCUUCUCAUGGCACUCAUCUCCCGUCAGAUUUCUGAAUUUUAUCACUUUACCGGAGUUAAAAAUCCGAACGAUUGUUGCGGCGACUUGUCAAGUUGAGAAUCAGUUAGUAAAUUCGUCAUGCUUAAAACUUGGUUUCAAACUUGAAAGAGAUGGUGCAAGAUUUAUCGUUGAAAAAUAUAUUCCAAGUACAUUGGCUAUGAUGUUUGCUUGGAUUGCUCCUUAUGUUCCAUAUUAUUACGAAGAAGUUCGAAUUAUUACUCCAAUCACUGUACUGCUCGCUCUCGUACAAAUGGAAAAAGGAGAGCAAGAAAUAAGAACAAGUUAUUUGACAUCAAUUGAUACGUGGUUUGGUGCUAUGAAAGUGUUUAGUGCUCUUUCACUUAUCGAAUCGAUGUCAGUCAAACAAUCUUUAAAAGCAAAAACUGAAUUCGAAAGGGAAGUUCUUAUAGACGAGCAAAAACGUCUUACUCGUCUAUACCAUCGAUUAGAUACAUUUGCGAGAUUUGUUACACCAUUCGUUUUCCUUAUCUUUUUCCUAUAUUAUGUUAUUUAUGUUGCUCAAGCUACUGAAGAUACCUGUGUUCCUAACAUAGAAGCUAAUUAA